AUGGGCCACAGAUGGAAACUAUAUAUCACCUCAAAAAUUGGACUGAACAUUGCUGCAUGGAAUGUCAGAACAGGACACCAUGUUGGCCAGAAGGAAAUCAUUGCAAGUGAACUUGCUAAAUGCAAUAUUCUGAUUGCAGCUCUAUCAGAACUAAGACUUACUGGAUCUGGAACAAUGACUAUACAACCACCGAAUAGCGAUAAGACAAUGACACUUUGCUAUUCUGGUGGUGACAGUUGGGAGGCAGGCGUUGGGUUCAUGGUGGAUGGGCGGGCUGGGUGCAGUGUUGUCACCUUCCAGCCAAUAUCGGACCGUUUGGCAGUUCUUACGGUACACGGCACCAUCAAGGCCCACAUUGUGAGCUCCUAUGCACGAACUGAAACCAGUCAUGACACAGCCAAGGAUGAAUUCUACAACCAACUGCAGUAUACGGUGGACAUGAUCCCACAGAUUGAGCUGAUUAUCCUGGCCAGUGACUUUAAUGCCCAUACUAGUAUGGACAGAAGUGGAUGGGAGACAACAAUGGGCAAAUUUGGAUACAGUGAAAUCAAUGAUAAUGGAUGGCAUCUCUUAUCCUUUGCCGCCUCCAACAGUUUGAUCAUUGGGAACACCUGGUUUCAACAUCCACUAAAACACCAGCUCACAUGGAGAAACCCAUCUGGUGAGGAUUCUGCUGUACUAGAUUAUGUCCUAAUCAACCUCCGAUUCUGA